AAAAAGCAGGGGGAGCCAGGCUUAGUUCUGCUACAACUGGCGGGAGGAGCGGCGGUGUGGAGACUUUGGGUUGGGAAAUCUGUGGAGAGAGCAGCCGGGAAGAUGCCACUCCUCCCACAUCAGAUCUCCACCCCUGCUCCACCCAAGACCCAAAGGAAAUCAAAUAGAGGUGAAGGAACACAGGCAUCAGGAUCGCAGGCACAAUGAUCACGGGGAUAGCAGCUCUGCUGUUGCCGCUCCUGGCGCUGGCAUUAGCAUAGUGGAAUUGGGGUGCGCGCGGCUCUGCCCGCCGGGCCCAGGCGCUCCCGUUGUUGGGGAACUUGUUGCAGCUGGAGCCCGGACGCCUGGUCCGUGCGCUCAUGGAGGCAUCGUGUUUUCUAAUGGACCGCGCUGGCGAACGCUGCGCAAUUUUGCACUUGGAGCAUUGAAAGAGUUCGGGUUGGGCACACGGACCAUCGAGGAGCAAAUCCUGGAGGAGGCUUCUUGUCUGCUUAAUGAAUUUCAAGGCACCAUUGGUGCGGCCUAGCCUUGGAAACAGAAGGGCCUGGUGUGGAUGUGGCCAAUGGCGUGCGGGGAGAGGCCAUGGGAAGGCCUUUGGGUAGAACAAAGGCAAUAAGCCCAAAGAGCUAGCUGGGAACGUGACCACAGCGUUAAAACCUGGCCCUGUUGCCACUCCUUCCCCGUUCGACCCCAGGCGACUACUGGGUAAUGCUGUACCCAAUGUUAUCUGUUCUGUGGUCUUUGGGAAACACUAUGGCUAUGGAGACCCGGAGUUCUUGAGGCUCCUGGACCUCUUCAAUGACAACUUCCGCAUAAUGAGUUCCAGAUGGGGUGAGGUAUACAACAUUUACCCUUCCCUGCUGGACUGGCUCCUGGGCCCACAUCACCGAAUCUUCCGAAAUUUUGCAGAGUUAUGGGUCUUCAUCUCUGAGCAAAUCCAGCGGCACCAGCAGACAAGGCAUCCUGGGGAGCCUCGCGAUUUCAUCCAUUGUUUCCUUGACCAGAUGGAUAAGGACCGGGAGAGCCAUUUCCAGGAGGGAACACUGGUGAUGACGACACACAACCUUUUCUUUGGUGGCACUGACACCACAAGCACCACUCUGCGCUAUGGUCUCCUCAUUCUCCUGAAGUACCCAGAGGUGGCAGGCAGCCAACGUGCAAGCGGAGCUGGACGCUGUGGUAGGUCGGGCGCGCGCCCCAAGCCUUGAGGACCGUGCGCGUUUGCCCUACACCAACGCCGUGCUACAUGAGAUCCAGCGCUUCAUCAGCGUGCUGCCGCUGGGUCUGCCGCGCGCCCUCACCCGCGACGCCCACCUUCUGCCCAAGGUGCCCAGAGUCCAGGGAUACUAUUGGGGCCGGAGGCAUGAGCGCCCCUGUUGACUAAAAUCCGCCAGAAUGGGCAUACGUGGUGCCGACUGACGCUCAAUGACCCGAAGAGCAGGUUUUUAUUUAUUUGCAGUUUUUGGCCGGGGCUGGGUUUGAACCCGCACCUCCGGCAUAUGGGGCCGGCGCCUUACUCCGUUGAGCCACAGGUGCCACCUAUGUGCCAAAAGCUGCAAAUAAAUAAAUAAAAGACUCUUACAUGGGGCCAGUGGCUGACGCCUGUGAUUACAGCACUCUGAGAGGGCAAGGCAAGUGGAUCCCUUGAACUCAGGAGUUCAAGACCCGGUCUGAUCAAGAGUGAAACAGUGAGACCCUUUCUCUAAAAACAGCCAAGUAUUGUGGCAGAGAUCUCUAGUCUCAGGUACUAGAGAGGCUAAGGCAAGAGGAUCACUUGAGCCCAAGAGUUUGAGGUUGCAUUCUACUGAGGGUGACAGAGACAGACUCUGCCUCAGAAAAUAAAAAUAUAUAUGGCUUGGCACUUGUAGCUCAGUGGUUAGGACACAUGCACCAGGACUGGUGAUUUUGAACCCAGAUAGGGCCUACUAAACAUUAACAAAAAAAAAACACAGUGGUUCAUCGUGGCAGGCGCCUGUAGUCCCAGCUAUUUGGGAGGCUGAGGCAGAAUCUCUUAAGUCCAAGGGUUUGAGGUUGCUGCAAGCUGUGAUGCCACGGGAGUCUACUGAGGGUGACACAGUGAGACUGUCUUAAAAUUAUAUUUAUAUAUAGGUAUAUACACAUACAUAGUCUUAGAUGGAAGAAGUGUUCACGCUGGCUUAUGAAUAGUGGUUAACCCUAUUUGUGCACACCCCCAGGGCACCUUCGUGAUUCCCCUGCUGGUGUCUGCACACCGGGACCCCACCCAAUUCAAGGACCCGGACUUCUUCAACCCCACCAACUUCUGAAUCACAAGGGGGAGUUCCAGAGCAAGACACUUUCAUGCCCUUUGCCCCAAGUCUGGGCCAGAGAGGGAGGGGACUAGCCUGGACCACUUCUGAGGUGCACAUGCUGCUCUCUCUGUACCCGUGUAUCUAGGAAAGCAGAUGUGCCUUGGAGCAGGACUGGCCGGUUCAGAGAUCUUCCUCUUCCUUACUGCUAUCCUAGAGAUUCUGCCUUCUCCCUGUGGAGAACUCUACCAAUAUCAACCUCACCCUGCAUUGCACUGGCCUGGGCAAUGUCCCCCCAGCCUUCCAACUUCGCCUAGUGCCCUGCUAAGAUAAGGCUCUGCCACCCUGGGCUCACUGGCCCUCACACAUCCUAACCCUCCUUGGUCAAUAAAAGCCAUGAAUUACA